AUGAUGAAGAGCUCUCACUCCUCCUCCUUUGACACAUCUCUCUCGGGCAAUGGCACUUAUUUGCUCAUGUCAUCCAAUUGGUCCUCUUGGGUUUACAGUGGUUAUGAAGGAAGUAUCCAAGCCGACAAAGAUCCCAACAAAACUCGAGACGAUCACUCACAGUUCCGACACUUUAAAUUUUAUUCUAAAGAAAUAUUUGAUGAAAUUAAUCGGAUUGGAAUUUCCAAGAUCGCCGGAGGAGAUAAUCACAUGUUUUUGCUGCUCAAUAAUGGUGAUGCUUAUGGAUAUGGUUGGGAUGAAUACAAUCAAUGUUUGACCUCUACGAUUCACAACAAUAGAUUUGGAAAUGGAAUUGGAAAUCGUGAUCCAUUAGUGAAAUGUGCUUUACAUCAUAUUCAAGACAUUUAUUGUGGUGCAAAUUUUACCUAUGCAUUAGUUAAAGAACACUUCUCAGAAGAUUCUCGAGAUUUUCAAAUGUACUCAGCAGGAUGGAAUAAUGAUCGAUGUUGCAGUCAAGGAGUAGACAGUCAUGGUAGUUCAAGACCACUCGGAAAGGUCUAUUGUACUGAUGAACAUGAUCAAAUCAUGCUUUUUCCACCACAUGAUGAGCGAGUUCUUUGUGUUCAUUGUGCUGGAUGUUCAGUGGCUUCACUCACUGUCUCACGAUCGAAUCCUUCCAAGAAGAAAGUCUAUCGUUGUGGAGUAUUUACAGGAUUUCCAAAUCCAAAUUCAAACGAAAAAACAUAUGGUUGUUUAAAAUAUACACCUGUGAAAAAUGAAACGAUAUUACCCGGAGCAAUUUCAUUGGCUCUUUGUAGUGGAUCAUUAAUUGUACUUUGUGAAGAUUUAUCAGCAUUUGUACUUGGAAAAGAAAUCAAAUUAUCAAUUCCUAUUAGAAAAGCAUUUCAAUUAGAAACAGGUUGUGUGUACAUGACAGAAGAAAACAAUAUUUAUAAUUGUUCGAAUAUCCUUUCGCUUGACACUUCCAAAGAUGUGAAAUGGACAAUACCUAAUUUCUCUCCUGAAAGCAAAAACAACAACUCUGGACCAUUUGAAACUCUUCAUGCAAGAGGAUCUCGAGCCAUUGGUAUUCUUUCAGACACUUGUGAUGCUCUCAUAUUUAAUCAAGUAUCCAUUCAUAUUGAUCAUUCAAACCUUAAUAGAACAAGUAUUGCUGAAAUGCUUUCAGAAGACGAUCAAUUUCGACUUUUGAGAGGAAAAUCUUUGGAAAUGCAGAUCAUUUGUUGUCGUUCUUGUUCAUUUGUGUUGAUCAAACCAGUCAAAAAGGAUGAUGCAAUGAGAAGAAAACUCUUUAUGCAAACACAAAAUUUGGGCAAUCCCUUUGUGGAUAUUAAUGUUGUAUGGUAUUGA